AUGGGCGUUCAACAGUCCUUGGAACGCCCUUUAGCCGCGGAUUGUCUCUUCAACUUUCCGGACGCCGAUGUCAUCCUACGCUCAUGUGACGGCGUCGACUUCGCCGCGCAUGCUAUUCUCCUAAAGCUUAUCUCCCCACUCUUCAAGGAUAUACCCCGGCCCGCCCAGCAGCUACCAUUCCUCCGUCCUGUCAUCGAGAUGAUGGAAGAUUCCCACUCGCUCCGCCUUCUUUUAGCAUUCGGCUAUCCACGCACUGUUUGCGAGGUACCCGAACUCCUGACUAUAGCGGACAUCAAACGCGCCGCGGUCCUUGCGCGGCGAUACGAUAUUACCUUCCUCCAUACCGAGGUGGAACAAGCGCUGGCCCGUUACUGCUGCGUAUCCCCGGUGAUCGCCUUUGCUGUCUCAUGGAAAUUUGGCUACCACAACGCCGCGCGCGCGGCCGCGCGACAGUCACUCGACGUUCCGGACAUCUUUAAAUCCAUCACAUGCUCAGACGACGUUGUUGGGCUCGGCGAGGUCUCGGCGGCCACUCUCAUCGUGUUGUAUCGGUACCGGGUCUCCGCCAGUACACAACUAGAGCAUGUCCUGCAACUCAACUCCUUUGACCGCCCUGUCACUUGGAUAGCUCCAAGUCAAGUAGAAGCCUUGCUACUUCAUGAAGCUGAGUCGGCAUGCACAUGCACUCUGGCGAUUGUCUGGUUUCGCCAACCCAACGCCACCCGUGCCUCUGAGUGGCGAGUGUACUCCUGGUGGUGGGAAUACGUCUCCAAUGUCGUCGCUUCGUUGCAAAGUGAGCGUCGUCCGCGCAUUGACGAUGCUCUCAACGAUCCCAUGUCUCGUUGUAUGAGGAUGGCGUCACAAUGCUGUAUAUGUGAUGGCGGGGUAGUUGCUGCCCGAGUCCUGCAUGCGACUCGCGAGGCCCUGCGUUGUGAGAUUGAGGAGCUUCUCAAGACAGUGAGUGCAUGCAUCUGA